AUGGCAAUAUAUGACCCAAGAGAGGAGGAAGCUCUAGUGUUAAGAUCGAUUUUCGAUGAGGAAGAAUUGACGAUAUCGAGCAACCAUACUUUGGAAUACAGGGUGGGUGAGCAAGGAACGACUUCAUCAUUCAUUGUACAAGUCCAUUGGCCAGCAGGAUAUCCUGACGUUUUGCCUUGUAUCUCUAUGGAUUCUUUUUAUAAUCAUCACGUCCCUUCGCAUAUUAAAGAAAAAAUUACUGAUGAAUUAUUGUCUGUUGCUAAAGAACAGCUAGGCUCAGCUCUGACAUUUACCUUAAUUGAAUAUCUGAAGGAAAAUCAUGAGCGAUUUGCUAAAUCUUUUGCCAUUGACAAAGUAGAUAAAUCACAAAGCAAUUCGAUAUCCUGUGAAACUUCUUCGGUUUCUUGCAAACAGAAUAAACUACCUCAGUUAUCCAAAACGCAAAAGAGAAAGCACUUGGAUCGACUAGGACAAGAUGGAGAGUUACCUCGAGGUUGGAACUGGGUCAGUGUUAUCAAACACCUUCAACAAUCUGGAUCAGCAUAA